CUCGCUGGGACACGGUCCUUUUCCGCCUGGCUACUGCUGACGAUGAUGCGCUCUCUCACGCUAUCAUGCAUCCACCCCUCAAAAGUCACCGACCUUGUGUGCCCCCCUUGGUUUGACUGCGCGUCGUGUCUUCCUCGUGUGCUUUCUUUUCUCAACCAUACUCGACCACACCCUUAACUUCCCUCCGCAUUCCGCCCCUCCUGUCGUUCAGCAACCGGGACUACUUUGCAGCCUCUAAAACCCUCUACUAGUAUUCAGCAAUGGUUGGAGGUAGACGCAGACUUCUCAGCACCGGCAACACCAAGGGCAAUAUCAACAGUUACGGCGACCCCGAACAAUUUACAAAGUACCAGCGUGUCGACCUGGAAAGCGGAUAUGGAGCUACCAACAAGAUCAAGCCGAGGCAGCGGUUUCGCGAUGCCAUUGAGCAGACGUUGAGGAACAACCACGCGAAUGGCCUGAAGCGCAAGCUGAUCGAUAGCAUCGACCACGACGCGUUUGAAGUAUACAGGAAAAGCGAAGAGAGCCUCAAAAGCAUAAAGAAUAAGCAAGUACGCAAAUUCUACGAGGAACAAAACGAACGCAUCGACGACUGGGCUGAGGUGGACAUGGUCGUGACCUCACUCGCCGACGACGUUGUCGACAGCAUGAACCCCCGGGAUACUGAUCACGACGGUGUAGCCGAGGACAGAGGGCCCUUAGGUCUCAGCGGAGAAGAUUUGGAACCAUUCCUACCCGAAGACGAGCGCGAGAAACGCCGAAAGUCAGCCAAGCACGUGAAAUGGGCCAUCAACAUCAAUGUCCUGGUCAAUAUUCUCCUGCUCGCUGCCAAGGGCGUUGCAGCCAUCUGGUCAAAGUCGCUAUCCUUGAUCGCGUCACUUGUUGACUCCGCUCUCGACUUGCUUUGCACAGUCAUCAUCUGGACUACGAACAAGCUAGUGGGCUGGCGUCUGCAGGCCCUGAAGAAAAGAUUCCCUAUUGGUCGCAAGCGUUUCGAGCCCAUUGGCAUCCUCGUCUUCUCUAUCAUCAUGGUGAUUUCGUUUCUUCAAAUCCUUCAAGAGUCAGUAAAGAAGCUGCUGCCCAGUGGUGACCACAGCGUAGCCAUGCUCCCACCUGCAGCCAUAUUCUCAAUGGUAUCCACCAUUGUUGUCAAGGGAACAAUUUGGAUUGGAUGCGCCAGGGUCAAGACAACACAAGUGCAGGCACUCGCCCAGGAUUGCAAGACAGAUGUUUACUUUAAUACCUUGUCCCUUCUGUUUCCCCUGAUUGGUGCCCAGGUCAAUGUCUGGUGGCUCGAUCCUGUCGGUGCUGCUUGCCUUUCCCUGUACAUCAUCUACGACUGGGCAUGCACCUGUCUUGAAAACGUUGCUCGUCUUACUGGAGAAGCUGCUGAUACCCGCACAGAGCGCAAGAUGAUGUUCAUGGCAUACCGCUUUGCACCACUUGUUCAAGGUUUCAAGAGCAUCAAGGUCUACCACGCUGGUGACGGCGUCUGUGUAGAGAUUGACGUGCUCAUGAAAGAGAACACUCCGUUGAGGACAUGUCAUGACAUUGCAGAAACCCUGCAGUAUUGUCUUGAGGGGUUGAAGGAGGUAGAUCGUGCCUUUGUUACAAUGGAUUACACGGAUCAAGGCCCCACGGGUCACGCAGAGAACUAAACACUUGAUUUUGAAUAACUUUGUUCAAUUUGGACAAUGCACUAGCAUAGCAUGCAAGGCGUUUCAUGCUAGCGUUCGAUUUCCUGAUAUAUGCAUGUGAACCCUGUUCCAAAAUCACGCAUACUUUAUCAUGUGGUUUGUAGCAUAUAUGAACAUCUCAAUCGCAUAGCGGUGUUGUGAAUAAAUCCUUGUAAUAAAGAAGUUUCCAAGCAAUGUAUGCACAUUGAC